GCAUUGCCAGCUAUCGGAAAGUUUGUUAUCGCAGAAAAAAGGGCGUUUUGCAUAGCAAUGCAGCAAUGCGGGUAACAAGCAACAGUAUUAAAACGCGAACAAUAAUAUGCUUCGCCAUAACUUUAAUAUGUGUGUGCAUUUUGGAUACAAUAUUGUCUCACAAUGUGGAAGAUGAACUAAGUACCGGCCAUAGAUUUGCGCACAAGUUCAACUUUGAGCAGAUUUAUUGCUAUGACAAUGUACAACUACCAAAGCCCACAGUGGGUCUGCUGUAUCCUCGCGCAUCCGAGACGCGGGAGGUAAACUCUCUGGACGGUGUUUGGCAACUGGUCCGGAGCAAUGCCAGUGAUCCUCUUCAGGGGAUACGUGAAAAAUGGUUUGGUCGUAGUCUCCGCUCCACAGGUCGUGAAAUAAUCAAAGUACCUGUGCCAGCAUCGUAUAAUGAUCUGACCGUGGAUCAGGAAUUGCGCGACCAUGUGGGCACAGUUUGGUAUGAGCGGCACUUCUUUGUGCCCAGCAGUUGGAAUAUGAGUGGGACACGCACCUGGAUACGUUUCGGCAGCAUCCAUUACGAAUGCAUUGCUUGGAUCAAUGGUCAGAGGGCUGUUAAGCACAGCUUUGGUCAUUUGCCCUUUGAAGUGGAGAUCGGCAGAUUGGUCAAAUAUGGCCAGGAGAAUCGCAUCACAAUCAUGGUCGACAAUCGGCUAAGGAAUUCCACUAUUCCACAGGGUGCAGUGAUUAAAGAGUCUACUGACAAUGGUUCCGUCGAUGUUCAAACCUUCACAUUUGACUUUUUCAACUACGCCGGGAUACAUCGCUCCGUCCAGCUUUAUACCACGCCGGCGAAAUACAUCAAAGACAUUGAGCUUAAGACGCAAGUGAACAAGCAAAUGGGUCGCAUUGACUAUCGCUUGUGGAUAGGCAAUGAGCAGGAACAGGAUGUGUCCAGGUACAUCAACGUCAAACUGCUGGAUAGAGAUCGCAAUGUGGUGGCACAUCAGCUAAAUCGGAACUAUCACAAUGGCACUUUAUUAAUACCAAAUGUGAAGCCAUGGUGGCCCUAUCUAAUGCAUCCGGAGCCUGGCUAUAUGUAUACCCUGGAAUUCCAGUUGAUGGCUGCAAAUGGUCUGCUGCUGGACAGCUAUCAGCUACCCGUUGGCAUUCGCAGUCUCAACUGGGACAAUAACAGCAUAUACAUCAAUGGCCAGCCGAUCUAUUUGCGUGGCUUUGGCAAGCACGAAGAUUCCGAUAUACGCGGCAAAGGCCUGGACAAUGCAUUGCUCACCCGCGACUUUAGUCUGCUUAAGUGGGUGGGAGCAAAUGCCUAUCGCACCUCUCACUAUCCCUACUCGGAGGAAUCAAUGGAGUUUGCUGAUGAGCACGGCAUUAUGAUCAUCGAUGAGUGCGCCAGUGUGAAUACGGAUUUAUUCCAGCCAGAGCUGUUGCAGAACCACAUGACCUAUUUGGAGCAGCUGAUACAUCGCGAUCGCAAUCAUGCGUCCGUGAUAGCCUGGUCAAUAGCCAACGAGCCGCGUACCCAGAAGCCAGCAGCCAAGGAGUAUUUCGGGAAAUUGGCGAAUUAUACACGAAGCAUUGCGCAGGGACGUCCCUUAACGGCUGCUAGCAAUGCUGAGCCGACGAAGUGCAUGAUGUCUGCAUAUUUGGAUAUCAUUGGCUUUAAUCGCUACAAUUCCUGGUAUCACAAUUCCGGUCGCACGGACAUGAUUAUAAACCCAAUGUUUGAAGAGGCCUUGAGCUGGCGGCAACUGCACCAAAAGCCGGUCAUUGUGUUCGAAUAUGGCGCUGAUACCCUCGAGGGAUAUCAUACACUGCCCACAUUUAUUUGGUCGGAGGAAUAUCAGACGACGAUGCUAUCAAAGCAUUUCCAGGCGUUUGACAAACUGCGCAAGCUCAAAUGGUUCAUUGGCGAAUUUGUGUGGAAUUUUGCGGACUUUAAAACUGAGCAGACCUAUACGCGGGUCGGUGGCAAUAAGAAGGGCGUCUUCACCCGUAACCGACAGCCCAAAUAUUCAGCGUAUCUGCUGCGACAGAGGUAUCACAUGCUCGCAUUUAUGCUAAAUAACGCCAGCUUGCCGACAGAUCUCUUCAAUUACAUUAUUGACUUUGGUUUAUAAAUACUA